CGGCGGCGGUGGCGGCGGCUCGAGCGGCUGCGCUGGGAGGCGGCGGUGAGCGGCUCUCACGCCCCCGGCCCGGCCCCGGUCCCCGGGGACCGAGCGCCGAGCAGCCCCGGCUCCCGGCUACGGACUAUGGGCGAGCAGCGCUGACCACCCGGGGAAGGACUGAUCGGGGCCUCCCCUGCAGAGAGCUGAGAAUGAAGCGGAGAGCAUCCGACAGAGGAGCUGGGGAAACGUCGGCCAGGGCAAAGGCUCUAGGAAGCGGGAUUUCCGGAAAUAAUGCCAAGAGAGCUGGACCGUUUAUCCUCGGUCCCCGUCUGGGCAACUCCCCGGUACCGAGCAUCGUGCAGUGCUUGGCAAGGAAAGAUGGCACGGAUGACUUCUACCAGCUGAAGAUCCUUACCCUUGAGGAGCGGGGCGACCAAGGAAUAGAGAGCCAGGAGGAGAGGCAGGGCAAGAUGCUGCUGCACACCGAGUACUCGCUGCUGUCCCUGCUCCACACACAGGACGGCGUGGUGCACCAUCACGGCCUCUUCCAGGACCGCACCUGUGAAAUUGUUGAGGACACAGAAUCCAGCCGAAUGGUUAAGAAGAUGAAGAAGCGGAUCUGUCUCGUCCUGGACUGCCUGUGUGCACACGACUUCAGCGACAAGACUGCUGACCUGAUCAACCUGCAGCACUACGUCAUCAAGGAGAAGAGGCUCAGUGAGCGGGAGACCGUGGUCAUCUUCUACGACGUGGUGCGCGUGGUGGAGGCCCUGCACCAGAAAAACAUCGUGCACAGGGACCUGAAACUUGGGAACAUGGUGCUCAAUAAAAGGACGCAUCGGAUAACCAUCACCAACUUCUGCCUCGGCAAGCAUCUGGUGAGCGAGGGGGACCUGCUGAAGGACCAGAGGGGGAGCCCCGCCUACAUCAGUCCCGACGUGCUCAGCGGCCGGCCUUACCGGGGCAAGCCCAGCGACAUGUGGGCCCUGGGCGUGGUGCUGUUCACCAUGCUCUACGGCCAGUUCCCCUUCUACGACAGCGUCCCACAGGAGCUCUUCCGCAAGAUCAAGGCCGCCGAGUACACCAUCCCGGAGGAUGGGAGGGUCUCUGAGAACACCGUGUGUCUCAUCCGAAAACUGCUGGUCCUCGACCCCCAGCAGCGCCUGGCUGCCGCUGACGUCCUGGAGGCCCUGAGCGCCAUCAUUGCGUCCUGGCAGUCCCUGUCAUCUCUGAGCGGGCCCUUGCAAGUGGUUCCUGACAUCGACGACCAAAUGAGCAACGCAGACAGCUCCCAGGAGGCGAAGGUGACGGAGGAGUGCUCCCAGUACGAGUUUGAGAACUACAUGCGGCAGCAGCUGCUGCUGGCCGAGGAGAAGAGCUGCAUCCACGAGGCCCGGAGCUGGGUGCCCAAGCGCCAGCUAGGCAGCGUGCCCCCCGUGCGGCGGCUGGGCCACGACGCGCAGCCCAUGAGCUCCCUGGACACAGCCAUCCUGGCACAGCGCUACCUGCGCAAGUAGCAGCCUCAGCAGGGGCGUCAGCACCAACACCACCUCUUGUGCCCCAGCCGAAGGCCUGGCUGGCGGGCUGGAUCCUAGCGUGCUGGACUGCCCCAGGUUGCAGCGGGGACGGGGCAAGGCCGGGGACAGCCCAGGCCACACGUGUGGUCAGCAGAGGUACCACGAAGCUACCUUUUGGAAUGAUUGCCUGAUUGUUUGGUUUUUUUAAUCUGAGAAGCCUAGAUAACUAAUCUGCUUUUAAUCAUGACGUUUUAAUCUACCUCUGUCUCUGUAACCAUGCUGUCUCUGGACUGAGUCAGAGCAAGGAGGAGGGGCAUACCACCCGCCCCGGUCCAGACAGCGGACCGUGCAGCCCGCGGCUGGCUCCCCACACCCAGCCCCUCCCCAGCUGUCGCCACCCCCCUUCCCCCGCCAGGGCCCUCAGUCCAGGCUUUGGAAAAUCUUCACCUCAUCUUAAGCUGAAUUCAAAUAUAUUUAUUUUUUUACUGAAACCAAUUUCUCUCCCAUCUCCAGGUGGCUGGGCCCAUGGACAUCAGGGGGUCACGGCCCGCCCAGGGCUCCCUGCCGGCCCCAGGCACAGAGAAGCCCUUCUUGCCAGCCCCUGUGCCCCUGCAGCCUGUCAGCCCUCUGCUGGCGGCGAUGGGGAGGCCUUCCCAGCCUCGGCUCUGUCUCCCACCUCGGGAGUCACUGAGGCGCCAGGCACACGCAUUAGCCCUGGCUUCCUUCUCCCUCCUUCGCUGUGGUACCGAGCUGACGUGGGCACACGCAUGAGGGCUGCUUGGUGGCCGGGGGGGGCCGUCCCUGCGCCUGGCGUGACCGGGUGGCCCUGCUUGUGUUUCUCUCAUUCCCCACCGCACCUGCGGUCACAGAAUGGCCAGGCCCCUCCCCUCUGGCCCUGGCCUCCGUGGGUGGGGGACUCUGCCCCACCUGGCCUGGGAACAGCACUGCUGCCCUUUUUGAGCCGAGACUGAAGUGAUGCCCGUCUUGCCAGAAACGCUGUUCUCACCAGGAUACCCACCCUGCGCACGGGGCCUGGGCCCCCAAGUGUUCCCUCCGGCCUUUCCUUGCUCCCCAGUGGCUAGGUGACCGAAUUUCCCAGAUUGUGAGCUCCCCUCCCUCCCCCCAAAAGCUGACUCACUGUGAGUGACCUUGGGCAAGUUCCCAAACCUCCUUGUGCCUCAGUUUCCCCAUCUGGAAAAAAUGGGGCCACCUCUUGCCAGCAGUAGCAGGGCCGCCCAUGCCCCUCCCUCCCACCCCGUGCCCCCAUCCAGCACUUGGGCACCUCGUGCCUCUGCCUCAGUGGGCCCUUGGGAGCCCACCUGAGCCUAGCACUUUCCCUGCCUGCCAGGCUCUGCCUCCGGCUCAGCGUCAGCUGCUGAGAGCCAGGGUGUGGUGCGGUGGGGUGGGGAUGCCCCCUUUUCUAUAUUUAUUUCAUGAAAGUCUCCCAAGGGAGCACAGGCGCAGUCGGCCCAGGGUGGGUCAGAGGCAGGGUCGUCCCGGCAGAGCCCCUGCCCAGGGCCACCCAGGCACCCUGGGCUGCUUCCCACGUGUGGUCUUUCCUGACCUCUUCAAAGCAAUAUCCUCGGGUCCGCGUAGCCCCGUCAGACCGGCCCGCCUGCGGUCAGCCCAGGGGCCUGACACGAUCCUGGCGAAGCAAAGGAGAGCUUGGGUCUGCCCUCGCUGGGUGCCACACACUGAGAGAAGUCCUGUUGUAAAGACACAACAAAAUGGAAAAAGUCACAAAAAAGUUUGUAUAAAGACAUAUUUUUGUACUACAUGGGGACUCUUCCUGCAUGUCAGCAAUAAAACUUCCUGAUCU